AUGGAGGGCCAACGCAAGACUCGUUCGUUGCUCGCCAUGUUCAAACAUCGCUCCAAAAGUCACAUUUCUCACUCCACUACUCAAACCACAAGCUACAAAACGGACUUUUCUUCCCCUGGUACUUUCGACGACACCUUUGAAGACCAGAGAGACGGGUUUUACCGAUACUCUGAGUCAAUCGUCGAAGAAUCCAAGCCUUCAGGUGCGAGCCCUUGUGGCUCUCAAGAGGAGAAUUUUGGAGUUUUUGAUUCUCUUAUAAUUCAAAAGAUGGCAAAAAAACAUCACUCACGUCCCUACACGGUGAGCAGCAAUGAUUGGGUGAAGAUCAGGUCUUCACCAAUUCCUGCAUCGCCGACACAUGUGCGGACCAUGGAGGACUUGAAUCAAGAGAACCUACAGCUACAUUUUUCUGUUGUGAUGAGGAUUUUUAGUAGGGUCUACGCUAUCGCGAAAAUUUUACAUGUCAUCUUCCUCGCAUAUGGCAUUGAGCUCGAUAACAACGAGAACGGCUUCAUGUACUGGAUCAAGCGUUCGGAGAGAGGUAUUCGAACGGAUUCCCUCCGCGUUCUAAUCGAAUCGGUAGAAAAUCUGUUUUAUACCAUCUACGCGCGUCUACAGCUCGAGAUGGCGGCCGUUGAGCUGUGCGAUCAGCUUCCUGUGAGAGAAAAGCGUCCCUCCAUUGACCCCCGAAAAUUUCAACUUCCAGGACCUGUCCAUCUCUAUCGGAUCUAUUGCACUUUCAAGAACAUUUUGGACCACCGCAGUAUCUGUGAGGCACCCAAGGACGACAUCAUUGCCUUGUACCAGGAGGACUACAUCAAACGACAGAUCAGCCAAAACGAGGACCGUACGCUUUUUGUGAGCGACACAAAAGAGUACCGUAACGUCGUGCUGAGAGUCCUUAUUGAUAAAACUUCAGUUUUUCGCGAAAAGUGGGAUGGUCUCAUCCCAAUUUUUCCAAGCAUCCCACCCAAGAUCAUGAUAUUCCAUAGUGAGAAUUACCUCACAGCAUUUCCCAAAGUAACCCCAGAACCGGACCUUCAUGCCGUCGAGCUCCCUUUUCUCGAUCUGAAAACACUUGACCCCAUCGCGUGGGAAAAAGAACUCAUCCUGGACAAUCGACAAGCCGCACUGGCCAUACUGGAAGGACGGGUUAUUGGAGAGUUGCGCCGUGAAGAUGCGAACUAUCCGGCUGUGUUCCCGGUCAAAUACUACAAGUGCAUCUGUAGGUCGUGCUGCAUUUGUGCGGUCAGGUGUACACUUGCUGUGGAGAAACCAUGUCCUUGUGCCCGACGACAGCUCCGUAUCGAGAUGGCGAAGCUUCGCCGAGGACCUGGACGAUUCGACUUUGUGACUCGCGUUACUACUCUUGCUCUCUCUUUUUGGCAGGGUCUGGUUUUCAUGAAGAGGAAUGUCGAUUCAGAAGCCUUGCUCGUGGAGCUUAUGGAGUUCUUUUCCCUCUUUAGCGAGGAGAUCAUCAAGGAGCGCCAUUCGGUGAUUAUCCGAGAGUGGGACUAA